CAGGGUAGCAGCCCUGCUAGGGUACCUGCAGGUAAUAUGUAAACAGGUACCUAACCUACUGUACAACCUCCCGAAAUCGGCCAGCUGACAGACACCUGUUUGCCCUGAACCUGGCUAUCGUAUCUCGAUAUCUCCACAAAGUUGCGCUGGUGUCACGACGAAGAGCGGAUUCAAUGGUGACUCUUAUCUCGUCCGUGAUUCUUAUUCUUAGAUGAAGCAAUUGGAAAUACCUCACUUCGAAUCUUGAAUUGAAUCUUUUACCAGUUUCACGGUCAUUAGCCGGAUAUCUCACUCUUUUAUAGUAAAUAAACGGCACCUCAUCAAUACCGAAUUUCUUAAGAGCUAAGAGCUAAGCCAGUAGCUAUCUUCACUUACACUAGAAGCCUACGCCUUGGCAACUUCAUACUUCUCCAAUCUCCAUAGUUGGUGAUAACGAUAUACUCGACCCGAGUACAUAUCUCCAACCUAAAUCAGGAAAUCACAUUUCACUACUGCAAAGAUGCGGUCGUCGGCUCUUCGAUCAGCCAAAAGCGCACUUCCCUAUGCAACGAGGAAUUACUCCACCCGGGUUCCCGUUCGACAUCUUAUGUCAAUCAGCGAUUUGACGGGUGCUGAAUUUUCACAACUGGUGUUAAAUGCCGCGGCUCGCAAAAAUGCUGUUAAGUCUGUAGGCAUUCCGGCACGCCUAAACAAAAAGUUAAAGGGGCAGACGGUGGCCAUGAUGUUCAGCAAGUUAAGCACCCGUACCAGAGUCUCAACGGAAGCCGCCGUGGCUAUGAUGGGAGGCCAUCCUAUGUUCCUUGGAAAAAACGACAUUCAACUAGGAGUAAACGAGUCGUUGAGGGACACGUCCAAGGUUAUCUCAUCCAUGACAUCCUGCAUGGUGGCUCGAGUCGGGCCUCACAGCGAUGUCGCGGACUUAGCCAAGUACUCGAGCGUUCCGGUUAUCAACGCGCUGUCUAAUGAUUUCCAUCCCCUUCAAAUAAUUGCUGAUUUCCUUACGAUCCAUGAGUCUAUUCCCAGGUCUUCUACGGAGAGUGUCGUACCAAAGGGGUUGAAGGUGGCUUGGGUUGGAGACGCAAACAACGUAUUAUUCGACUUCGCCAUCGCUUGUCUGAAAUUAGGUGUCGAGAUAUCAGUUGCUACGCCUCGGGGCUACAGCAUCCCACAGGACAAAGUAGAAUUGAUUACAAGUCAAGCCGAGUCCACAUCUACACCAGGUGUUCUGAACCAAACUUAUGUUCCGGAGGAGGCUGUGAAGGAUGCUGAUAUUAUAGUAACUGAUACCUGGAUUUCCAUGGGCCAAGAAGAGGAGUCUAAGAAACGACUAAAGGAUUUCGCUGGUUUCCAGGUCACCAAGGAGCUUGCUAAGCGAGGUGGAGCAAAGCCGGACUGGAAGUUUAUGCACUGUUUACCUCGUCACCCUGAGGAGGUCGCCGAUGAAGUUUUCUACUCUCGCCGGUCCCUCGUCUUCCCCGAAGCAGAAAAUAGGCUCUGGGCUGCUGUUGCGGCACUCGAAGGGUUCGUGGUAAAUCGUGGAGAAAUAUGCCCAACUUCUCAUGCGUAAUUCUGGAGAAGGUGAUAUUGUUUACUAUGGAAUAGCAUAUACUGGGUUAUGUGAGAUUGG